AUCGAGAAAUGGACAGAGGAAAGUACAAUUUUGCGAUUGACCGUGGCGGCACCUUUACGGAUGUGCUGUGCAUUACACCGGACCGUACCGUCCGUACGCUGAAGCUGCUUUCCGUCGAUCCGGCCAACUAUCCGGAUGCACCGACCGAAGGCAUACGGCGCAUUCUACAGCAGGAAACGGGCCGUGCCCUGACUGUGGAUGGACUGAUCGAUACAGGACUGAUUGGCUGGGUACGGAUGGGUACCACUGUGGCCACCAACGCACUACUCGAGCGGGCUGGCGAUCCGGUGGCGUUGGUGGUAAACAAGGGAUUUCGGGACCUGCUGCAGAUAGGCAAUCAGGCGAGACCGAACAUUUUCCAGCUGAACAUCCAAAAACCGGCCAAUCUGUAUAAAGAAGUAAUCGAAAUCGAUGCCCGCCUAGUCCCGGCCCAGGAAGGGACCUGCCAGCUUGGUGAGGGAUCCUCCAGUUGGAGAAAGCUAACCGGCGCAUCGGAGUACACGUAUCUCGAAAUGGUCCCGCUCGAUGAGGACGAUCUGCGGACGAAGCUGGCAGAUGUACGAGAGACAACCGGCAUCAACUCACUCGCCAUUGUACUCGCGCACAGUUACGCCUGCCCAGAGCAUGAGCUGCGAGUUGGUCGUAUCGCACAAGAGCUCGGCUUUCAGCAUGUCACACUGUCGCACCAAGCGAUGCCCAUGUGCAGGCUGGUAGCGCGUGGAUUUACCGCUUGUGCCGAAGCAUACCUAACACCGCACGUCGAACGCUAUCUGGAUGGGUUCCGGAGUGGGUUCCGUGAUCAGCUGCGUGGAGCCGAUGUACUGUUCAUGCAGAGCGAUGGUGGCCUCACGAGGAUGGAACAUUUUCGUGGUGCUCGUGCAAUUCUAAGCGGACCAGCGGGCGGAGUGGUUGGUUACGCGGUAACGGGUGUGCGUGACGCAGGUGAGGAUCCAGCGCCACCAUUGAUCGGGUUCGAUAUGGGUGGUACAUCGACCGAUGUGUCACGGUACGCAGGGACGUAUGAGCACGUGAUUGAAAGUACAACGGCUGGCGUUACGAUACAAGCGCCUCAGCUCGAUAUUAAUACGGUGGCCGCUGGGGGUGGAUCACGAUUAUUUUUCCGAUCCGGUUUGUUCGUUGUAGGACCGGAAUCGGCCGGCGCUCAUCCCGGGCCAACGUGCUAUCGUAAGGGUGGUCCGCUGACUGUUACCGACGCGAAUCUUAUCCUCGGUCGGCUACUACCGGAGUACUUCCCGGCCAUCUUUGGACCGAACGAAAAUGAACCGCUCGAUUACGAAGCGACACGGGCUGCGUUUGAAGAGCUGCGGGCGGAGAUUAACGAACAUUUAGCAACGUCUGGUGAUGACGGUGGCCCACUUACGCUCGAGCAAGUUGCAAUGGGCUUUGUGCGGGUUGCUAACGAAGCCAUGUGCCGUCCGAUUCGUGCACUAACGCAGGCACGUGGAUACGACACGUCCAGGCACGUGUUGGCAUGCUUUGGUGGUGCCGGUGGCCAGCACGCUUGCAGUAUCGCGAAGCAACUCGGCAUGGGAAGGGUCGUGUUGCACAAGUAUGCGGGCAUUUUGUCCGCCUACGGGAUGGCACUGGCGGAUGUGGUGCACGAAACGCAGGAACCUUGCGGAUUGGAGCUAUGUCCGGAUAAUCGAGCAGCACUGAAGGAACGGUUGCACGUACUCUCGGCACGCUGUGUGGAACAGCUGGAAGCGCAAGGCUUUUCCCUGGCGGAUGAAGGAUCAAUUACGCUCGAACCGUACCUUCAUCUACGGUACGAAGGGACGGACUGUGCGCUGAUGUGUGCACCGGAUCGGGUAGUCGAGAAUGCGGACCACACGGUGUACGGGUUCGGGGACUUUGGGCGAACGUUCCGGGAACGGUACAAGAGUGAGUUUGGGUUCGUGCUGGAGGGACGCCGGAUCUUGGUGGACGAUAUACGGGUGCGUGGUUGUGGCCGUGCAUCACUCUUUACCGAACCGGACAUACCGGAUGCAACUGGUCCGAUUUAUCCGGAGAAAACAACCGUUGCCUACUUCGAGGAAGGAAGUGGCCAUGAAGUGGCCGGAAGACUCGUUACACCGGUGUACGAUUGUGCCAAGCUGCGUUAUGGACAUCGGAUCGAUGGGCCAGCCAUAAUAAUCGAUCGACUUUCGACGAUUGUGAUCGAACCAGGCUCUAGGGCGAUCGUUACUCGGCGUGGUGAUCUUACGAUCGAAAUCGGUACCGGAAACAAUCGCCCGAAGGUGGACGAACGUUUGGAUGCGGUGCAGUUAAGUAUCUUUAACCAUCGGUUCAUGAGCAUCGCCGAACAGAUGGGACGUGUCCUGCAACGUACCUCCAUCUCAACCAACAUCAAGGAACGGCUCGAUUUCUCGUGCGCUUUGUUCGGACCGGACGGAGGGCUCGUUUCGAACGCACCGCACAUUCCCGUCCAUCUGGGUGCGAUGCAGGAAACGGUUCAGUAUCAGUUAAGAAGGCGCGGUGGUACACUCAAACCGGGCGAUGUGUUGCUGUCGAAUCAUCCCCAGGCCGGUGGAUCCCAUCUGCCCGAUCUGACCGUUAUCACGCCCGUGUUCACGGAGGGAGAACCGAAUCCGGUGUUUUUUGUCGCCUCCCGCGGACAUCAUGCGGACAUUGGUGGUAUUACGCCGGGAUCGAUGCCACCGCACUCGACAUCACUCGAUCAGGAGGGAGCAGCGUUCAAAUCGUUCCUGCUCGUAGACGGUGGCGUAUUUCAGGAGGAAGCCAUCAUCGAACGUUUAACGCGUCCAGCCGUUGGGUCGGGUGCUCCCGGGACACGCAAUCUGUCGGACAAUUUGUCCGAUCUGCGCGCACAAAUUGCUGCCAAUCAGAAAGGCAUCCAGCUCGUGUCGGAACUGAUCGAUGCGUACGGGCUGAGCGUGGUACAAGCUUACAUGGGACACAUGCAACAGAAUGCGGAACUAGCCGUUCGCGAUAUGCUCAAAACGAUCGGGAAAGAAACGCGGGAACGCACCGGGAUGUCGGUGCUGGAAGCGGAACAGCAUAUGGACGAUGGGACACCGAUCCGGCUGGUGGUCCGUAUCGAUGAGGAGCAAGGAUCGGCUGUGUGCGAUUUUAGCGGCACCGGACCGGAAGUGAGCGGAAAUUGUAAUGCUCCGCGUGCGAUCACACUGUCCGCACUGAUUUACUGUCUACGGUGCAUGGUUGGCCACGAUGUGCCAUUGAACCAGGGCUGUUUGGCGCCGAUCGAAGUUAUCAUCCCACCUGGUUCGAUACUGGAUCCAUCGGAAGGGGCGGCUGUUGUCGGUGGGAAUGUUCUAACCUCUCAGCGCGUUGUCGACACAGUAUUUGCCGCAUUUGGGACGUGUGCCGCAUCGCAGGGCUGCAUGAACAACGUUACGAUCGGUGAUGAAGGCUGGGGAUACUAUGAAACGGUGGCUGGUGGAAGUGGUGCCGGUCCAGGAUGGCACGGAACGGGUGGUGUACACACACACAUGACCAACACACGCAUCACCGAUCCGGAAAUUCUGGAGCUACGCUAUCCGAUCAUAUUGCGACGCUUCACCCUGCGGGACGAUGAUAGUGGUGGGGCGGGUCGGUUCCACGGGGGUGCGGGUGUUCAUCGGGAGUUGCUGUUCCGCAAACCGAUGACACUGUCCGUACUGACCGAACGUCGCACAUUGCGUCCGUAUGGAGUGGCUGGUGGAUCACCCGGUAAGCCGGGUCUUAAUCUGCUCAUCCGUGCUGGACCUCGGCCCGGGCAGCCGGGCCAUCGGGCGGUAAACAUUGGUGGCAAGACGGCGGUACAGGUCGGGCCGGGUGAUGUAUUUUCGAUGAAAACUCCCGGCGGUGGCGGAUACGGUGAGCCGGAGGAUGAGGAUGGGCCGGAGUUGCGGCUGGGUACGCAACGGCAGCAACGGCAGGAGGCAGCAGCGGCCGCCAUCGCUUCGGUCGGUUCGUCGAAAGCGUUUAUGGAGCGCGGUAGUGUGUAUGAGUACCGGAUGGCCCAGGAGUCUGUGUGAUGGCACGAGAUCGGGUUCAACUUUAACUUCUAUCUCGUGCUGAUCGUGGUGCUGCUCGUCAUCGUGAUCGUGAUGUUUAAAUAGCCCCCGGGGAGUGGCGGUGAGGAGGAAGUGGGACGCCGGCCAGGCUUUCUCCUAUCGUUUGACGGUGGCGAUGGUGGUGUGUGGUUGGAGCAGAACAA